AUGUCUUCGACAAAGCCUAGUGGCAAGACUGAGCCUAAGACAAAGAAAUUCGGCAAAGGCCAGCGGACAAUCCCUCACCACACCCAGAAGGCCCGGAAGUUCUACCCGGCUGAAAUCGAAGCAAAGCCGAAGAAAGUCCGCAAGUCAAUCCGUGAAGCCAAACUCCGCCCCUCCCUCGUACCUGGUGCUGUCCUCAUACUUCUCGCCGGUCGCUUUCGCGGCAAAAAGGUCAUAUUUCUCAAACAUCUCUCGCAAGGCGUGCUACUCGUUACGGGUCCUUUCAGAGUGAAUGGCGUUCCGCUACGGCGAGUGAACCACAAAUAUGUAAUUGUUACAAAGAACAAAGUCGAAUUGAAGGGGAUCGACGAUAAGGUGCUGGAGAAGGUGGGGCAGGAGGGGUAUUUCACAAAGGACAAGGCACAGAAAAAGAGCGGGGAAGAUAAGUUCUUUAGUCAAGGGGAGAAGCCUGAGAAGAAAGAGGUAUCAUCGACGAGAGCAAGCGAUCAGAAAUCGGUCGAUAAGGCGAUAUUACAAACGCUUGGGAAAGAGUCGUUGCUGAAAGACUACUUGGCGACGACUUUCAGCUUAAGGAGCGGGGAUCGGCCACAUGAGAUGGUGUUCUAG